AUGGCAUGGAAAAUAAUUGAGGAGUAUUUGAUUCCAUUUGUCGAGAAACAUCAGUAUCAGAUUCCAAAAAGUUGUAAGCUGCACCCAGACAAUGAUCUGUUUAGAGAUCAUGAGCAGCACAAGAUCCGUAUUGAUGUAGAUGAAUGGAAAUGUGGAUACUGCAGAAAGAGUUUUUAUGAGGAAAAAUAUAUUGAUAAUCAUUUUGAACUCAGGCAUAACAAUUUGCUGAAUGUGACUCAUGGCAAGUGCUUGGCAGACGUAUGUGGAGCCUUGCAUUGUGACCUCCAUAUUGGCAUGCCACAGAAGACCAAGUGCAAUCCUGCUGCUUCUGCAAGGAAUAAACAUUUGUGUGAGAGCCUUGCUGAUAGUUGUUUUCCAGUCAGCAAAGGCCCUACAGCAAGUCGGGUUCAUGAAUUCUUCUUACGCCAAUUCUGUGACGCCCACACUUGCACUGGAACAUCGAAACCUUUCUCUCGUGGUCGCAAGAAAAGAAUGAACAUACUUUAUGUCGUCGUCUCCGUUUUGACGAUGCUGCUCCUUCUGUUUUUCUAUACCUUCAUUUACUUGUACCAGAGAGGGAUGAAAACCGGAACACAAAAUCUGAGACGUGUUUCGCAAAGUGGAAGGAAGAAGAAACCCUCAUAGUUGGUACUCUACUGCAUUGCCGCAAGGAUAGAAGGAUUAUUUGUAUUCUUGCUUCAGUUCUACACUAGAGAACUGAGACAAGAGAGAAGAUUGUUUCGUACCAAUAAAAGAUCGAAUUGGUACUAUUCUUCUUCUUCCAUUUUCGUUGUAACAUAAACCUUUGAAAUGAGUUGAAUAGUAGUGAACAAAGAGAGAGAAUCAUAACAUAGUUUUGUUUACAGCACAAUCCUCUUAGAUUGAUUGAACAUUUUGAUGAAAAUUCUUUAAAACCAACUUUAUAUUCACGCUGUUA